AUGCGUACAACCGCCGUUCUCCUUCUCGCUACCCUUUUGAGCGUUACAGAAGCUGCCCGCCGUCAAUGCGCACCCACGAAAGGGCGCCCGAACUAUGGAUACUACCCGCUCAAAGCCGCUGACAACAUCGAAGCCGUCAAGCUGGACUUUUGCGCAGUUGGCACAAACAAUAUUGCUAGAUUGAACCCUCGUCUCAAAUAUCCCUUCAAAGCUGGCGACUAUCUCGUCGUUCCCUGCAAGCCUGCCAAACGCGAUUGUAGGGGCGGCGCAAACGGCAUUGGUUCUUACCACAUUGUGGAGGGCGACGAGUUGAAUCCAAUUGCCCGAGACUUCUGUACCACUGCAGAACGUUUGGUCCAGAUGAACCCCGAGAAAAUUAAGAACAAAGAUUUCAUUCCAGCUGAUGUGACCAUCAAUGUUCCAUGCGCUUUCCACUAG